AUGGCCACCGCCACCCCACUGCUCCCUUCCCAGCUCCUCGGCGGCAGCGUGCCGCAGCAGUGGCAGAUGGGCCUCCUGGCCCUCCUCCCUGUGCUGCUGGUGUCCUACCUCCUCACCAGCAGGAGCAGGAACAGGAGCAGGAGCGGCAAGGACGGGGCGCCGCGGCUACCGCCGGGCCCCGCGCAGCUGCCGAUCCUGGGCAACCUGCACCUGCUGGGCCCGCUGCCGCACAAGAACCUCCGCGAGCUGGCGCGGCGGUAUGGCCCCGUGAUGCAGCUGCGGCUGGUCACGGUGCCGACGGUGGUGGUGUCCAGCGCGGAGGCGGCCCGGGAGGUGCUCAAGGCCGCCUGCUACGCGCGCGAGCAGGAGAUGGACAGGCUCGUCGCCGACCUCGACCGCGCAGCCGCGUCCAAGGCCCCCGUCGUCCUCAACGACCACGUCUUCGCCCUCACCGACGGCAUCAUCGGCACCGUCGCGUUCGGGAACAUCUACGCCUCCAAGCAGUUCGCGCACAAGGAGCGCUUCCAGCAUGUGCUGGACGACGCCAUGGACAUGAUGGCCAGCUUCUCCGCCGAGGACUUCUUCCCCAACGCCGCCGGCCGCCUCGCCGACCGCCUCACGGGCUUCCUCGCCCGCCGCGAGCGCAUCUUCAACGAGCUCGACGUCUUCUUCGAGAAGGUCAUCGACCAGCACGACGUCCUCAUCAACCUGUGCAAGGAGCACGACGGCACGCUCCGCUUCACCAGGGACCACGUCAAGGCCAUCGUUCUCGACACCUUCAUCGGCGCCAUCGACACCAGCUCGGUCACCAUCCUGUGGGCCAUGUCGGAGCUGAUGCGCAAGCCGCAGGUGCUGAGGAAGGCGCAGGCCGAGGUGCGGGCCGCCGUGGGCGACAACAAGCCGCGCGUCGACUCCGAAGACGCCGCCAAGAUCCCGUACCUGAAGAUGGUGGUCAAGGAGACGCUGCGGCUGCACCCACCGGCGACGCUGCUGGUGCCUCGGGAGACGAUGCGGGACACCACCAUCAGCGGCUACGACGUGCCGGCCAACACGCGCGUGUUCGUCAACGCGUGGGCCAUCGGCAGGGACCCGGCGAGCUGGCCGGCGCCCGAGGAGUUCAACCCGGACCGCUUCGUGGGGAGCGACGUCGACUACUACGGCUCGCACUUCGAGCUGAUACCGUUCGGGGCCGGCCGCCGGAUCUGCCCGGGCCUAGCCAUGGGCGAGACCAACGUCACCUUCACCCUGGCCAACCUGCUCUACUGCUUCGACUGGGCGCUGCCGGCGGGGAUGAAGCCGGAGGACGUCAGCAUGGAGGAGACUGGCGCGCUCACGUUCCACCGGAAGACGCCGCUGGUGGUGGUGCCCAGCAAAUACCAGCGCCGCGCAGCGUAG